AUGUUUUCGUAUUUCUUUAUUGUGAUAAUAUUUCUUCCAACUAUAGAUCUAGCAUUCUACGAAGCAGAUUCAGAUAAUUCAGAUUGUUAUGAUGAUGACGAUAGUACUUCAAAUGUGACAACAACAACCCAAGGACCAACUGAAACAUAUACAUUUCCAUCAACAACAGCAUUGCAAAGUUAUUGGAGAUGUGAACAGGGAUUCAUAAUGAUGAAUCGGACAACUGGGAUUUGGUGUGUAAUAGCUUAUCAAAAUGGAACGUAUUUCAAUAGAAUGCAAGGUCAUGAACAUUGUGUUCAGCGACACAAUGCGAUUUUGACCGGGAUUGGUUCAGAAGCCGAAAAAACUCAGAUCUCUAGUAAGUUUAAAAAUUGUCAAGAAAUGAAAAUGUAGAUCAAAAAUUCAGUCUGCUUGUAAAAACCAAUUUUUCUUGCAGAUUAUAUUGUUUCGAUCAUCGGACCAGAGGCUGUCCUUUUCGUCGGAGCUCAAAAAUAUACAAAAUGUCGAAGUGCCAGUAAUUCCGAAUUUUCUUCCUGUAGUACCAAUGCGUUUUUCUGGUAUAACUAUACGUCACAAUUUCUGACUCAACAAGCCACGUAUGGUUGGGCAGAUAACUAUCCAACUGGUUUUCCAAAUGAUCUUGAAUCAAGUACAAGCUUGAUUUAUGGCGCUUUUAGUUAUAAGCUAGGAGGUGUUUAUGAUCUUAGGUGGGUUUGAUAAGAGCCUUUAUUUUGAAAUUCAUUUGGGAUAUUUCAGUGGAACCGCAAAGAUUGGUGGAGCACUUUGUGGAAAACCAGCGGUUGAGGUAUUCUUUUGAAUAAUUGAAGGCGUGAAAUUGAAGUUUGUUGAACAUAAAAAUAUUGUAAUUUAAAAGUGAGGUGUUAUUUGAAUACAAGAAAAUCAGAAAGUGAUCAGAAGACAUGGAAAAUUAAAAAUUCAGAAAUCUAUUUUCUAAGAAAUUUGUGAACUUGAAAAAAAAGGAUCGUGAGAAUUUCAGAACUGAUGUGCCAAAGUUUGUGCGGAAUAUUUUAUCUAAAAAAGAAAUUCCAAAUGUAUAACCUACCGUACUCUUUACAAGGGAACUGUGUGAGAUCAGGUUUUGUACUUACAAUAAAAAGUGGUACACUUAUAAGUUCUAACUCACUGAUCUCGAAUCAGUUUUCAAAAAUUGCCACAAACUAAAUUUAGUUGGAUUUGGAUUUAAUUUAACUUGUACAGCUCACCUGCUGGCAUUUUAAAUCUUCUGUCAGAACUUCGAAUGCAUUCUCGACAUCAUUCCAAUUUGCACAUUGAAUAUCCUUCUCCUAGGAUUUCCGACCAUCAACAGAAAAUAAAAUGAAAUAGGUCAUACAUGAUUUUUUGAUAGAAUGAUAAUUUUGAGAAAAAUGCAGAAAUAUAUACGAUACCAAUAUUUUUUCUCAUCGUUACUUUAUGUUUUCUUUGUUAUGAUAAUUCAACAUUCCCGGUAUACAAAUUCAAACUAUACAGUAUAAAAUGCUAGGAAAAAAUCACAGAAUGCAAAAAAUGAUUUCGUAUUUCUUUAUUUUGAUAAUAUUUCUUCCAACUAUCGACGUGGCAUUCUACGAAGCAGAUUCAGAUAAUUCAGAUUGUUAUGAUGAUGAAGAUAAAUCAAAUGUGACCACAACAACUCCAGCAACAACAAAAGAGUAUACAUUUGCACCGACAACAUCAUUGAAAGGUUAUUUUAGAUGUGAACCGGGAUUCAGAAUGUUCAAGCGAACUCUAGGAAAUUGGUGUAUCACUAAUUAUGUAAAUAAUACCAAUGGAAAUACAUUUAACAGACAGCAAGCACAUGAGUAUUGUUCAAAAAUAUAUGGCGGAAUUUUAACCGGAAUCGCAUCAGAAGCCGAAAGAGUUGAACUUCUAGGUGCGAGUAUAAAGCUGGUCAUCGAUAAAGAAUUUAAAAAUUGAGUUUACAGAUUGGAUGAGUGGACUCUACUCGGCGGGUAAACUCUUUGUUGGAACUCAAAAAUAUACAGCUUGUCGAGAUAUUACCAAUGUCAAUUUCACAAUCAGAUGCGUUGAUCGGAGACCAUUUUUCUAUUAUAACCGUACUUAUCAAUUUUUGGAACAAGACGAAGCUAUAUAUGGUUGGGCAACUGGUUAUCCAAGAGAUGCUAAUAACGCAGCUAAUCAAAACCUAGUUUAUGGCGCAUUUACAGUUGAGAAUGGAGGUGUUAUUGAUGUUACGUGAGUUUUCUAUUCACAUACACAAUAUUAUUUCAAACUUUCCAGUGGAGCUUACAAGAUCCAAGGAGCUUUAUGUGGAAAACCAGCUGUGGAGGUAUUUUUCUGA